CAUCUUCUUCGUCGGAAUCUGCAACUCCCAUUUCGUCUUCCCCUGAAAUGGAACUAUCUCUCUCUAGAACACUCUUAUUUUCCACCUCUUCAAUACGCCACUCUUCUCAUCAGCUUCAAUCUCGGAGUUACUCUCGUCUCUUUUCUCUUUCCCUCCCUUUUCUCACUAAAAUAAAUGUCAACCCCUCAAUUUCUACACGUUUCGCUGUCCGUAGCUCCGACUCUAUCACAGCUAAACCUUCGUCGGAGCUCAGAAAGAACCGUGGCGGCGAUAAAUCAGAACAGGACACCAAGCUGCGAGCUCUGCGUGAGCUUUUCUUGAAGCCCAAUAUUGGAAUAGACGCUUAUAUAAUUCCUUCUCAAGAUGCUCAUCAGAGUGAGUUCAUUGCCGAAUGUUACAUGAGAAGGACUUAUAUAUCAGGAUUCACUGGUAGUGCUGGUACUGCUGUUGUCACCAAGGAUAUGGCAGCUCUUUGGACGGAUGGGCGCUAUUUUCUUCAGGCUGAAAAGCAACUUACUUCAAGUUGGGCACUUAUGCGGGCUGGAAAUUUUGGUGUGCCUACAACUAGUGAAUGGCUGAAUGAUGUUUUGGCUCCUGGUGGAAGAAUUGGUAUUGAUCCUUUUCUGUUUUCUUCAGAUGCUGCUGAGGAAUUGAAGGAGGCCAUAUCUAAGAAAAACCACCAGUUAGUAUAUUUAUAUGACAUUAAUCUUGUUGAUGAAAUAUGGAAAGACUCAAGGCCAAAGCCACCAAAUAAUCCAGUGAGAAUACAUGACCCAAAAUAUGCUGGUGUUGAUAUCGCAACAAAAUUAUCUUUCCUGAGAUCUGAACUCCAAGAUGCCGAUUCUUCCGCAAUAGUUGUCACAAUGCUUGAUGAAAUAGCAUGGCUUCUGAACUUGCGAGGAAAUGAUGUUCGUCAUUCACCUGUUAUGUACGCAUACUUGAUUGUCGAGCUUGAUGGAGCAAAACUAUUUGUUGACAAUUCUAAAAUAAAUUCAGAAGUAAUGGAUUAUUUGAAAAGUGCAGGAAUUCAGUUGAAAGCAUAUGAAUCUAUUAUUGUUGAAGUAGAAAGUUUAGCAGCAAAAGGUGCUCAAGUUUGGUUGGAUACAUCAUCAGUCAAUGCUGCUAUUGUGAACACGUACAGAACUGCCUGUGACAGAUAUUUUGAGAGAGCUGGAAGUAAAAUAAAAAAUAGUACCGCGUCUUUUGCUGAAUCCAGUAGCCAAUCCAUGGGUCCUUUUGGUAUUUAUAGGACAUCACCCAUCCCUUUGGCGAAGGCUGUGAAGAAUCAUGGCGAGUUAGAAGGAAUGCGGCAUUCACACCUUAGAGAUGCUGCUGCUUUGGCACAAUUUUGGAAUUGGCUGGAGGAGGAGAUUCAGAAGAACGCUGUGCUAACAGAGGUAGCUGUAUCAGACAAACUUCUUGACUUUCGGUCAAAGCAAGAUGGUUUCAUCGAUACAAGUUUCGAUACCAUAAGUGGAUCUGGUGCAAAUGGUGCUAUUAUACAUUACAAGCCAGAACCACACACUUGUAGCAUUGUGGAUCCAGCAAAACUCUUCCUGUUAGAUAGUGGGGCUCAGUAUAUUGAUGGGACUACUGAUGUAACUCGAACGGUGCAUUUUGGUGAACCCACUGCACGAGAAAAAGAAUGUUUCACUAGAGUCUUGCAGGGUCAUAUAGCUCUUGAUGAGGCAGUAUUUCCCGAAAAUACCCCUGGCUUUGUCUUAGAUGCUUUUGCACGGUCUUCUCUUUGGAAGAUCGGACUUGAUUAUCGCCACGGAACCGGACAUGGCGUUGGAGCAGCUUUGAAUGUCCAUGAAGGCCCUCAAAGUAUAAGCUUUCGGUUUGGAAACAUGACGCCUUUACAGAAAGGCAUGAUAGUUAGCAAUGAACCUGGCUACUAUGAGGACCAUGCAUUUGGAAUUCGUAUUGAGAAUCUUCUCCAUGUGAAAGAGGCUAACACACCAAAUCAUUUUGGUGGAAUUACCUAUCUGGGAUUUGAAAAGCUGACAUAUGUUCCUAUACAGACGAAGUUGAUCAACUUUAAUUUGCUCACGAAUACGGAGAUUAAUUGGCUGAAUAACUAUCACUCUGACGUUUGGGAGAAGGUCUCACCCUUGCUCGACGGUUCAGCACGUCAGUGGCUUUGGAACAAUACGAGGCCAGUUGUAAAACCUUGAAUUUUUACUAGUAAUGUUAUAAGUGUGUCUUUAAUUUUGCAUAUUUAUACAAAUUGUUGGAACUUUUUUUUUUCAUUCAGGGUUACAUUUAUUGCUGAAAUUAUAUAGUAUCAAAUAUGUGUAUUGU